AACUUUCUUGGUAAUGAAGAAAUUUGGAAAGCUCGACUUCUCAAAUUCAAAUAAUCGUCGGUAGUGGGACUACAAGAAUUCAAGAAUUCUCUUUGUAUCUUUGCUUUUCCAAGUGGCCGACAUAUUCUCUUUAAUUUUUGCUUUGGACAUAUUCUUUUCUCGAAUUGCAAGUAAAGAACAUGAAGAUGCCUUAUUGAUGUUAUAUAUGACAUCGUUGUAGGCACUAUUAUUCAUACUCUGCACCCAAGCUUUUUUAGUUUGAAUUGCAUCCAGCUAUUCUAUUUCGUCUCUGUUUUCUCAAUUCCAAGAAAACAAAGGGUUGAAGAUGGCAUCCAUACUUGCAGAAGCUGUUGUUGGGAAAGUUUGUGAGAUGGCCGUUCAACAAGUGGCUAAUGAGGUAAGCAUAGUGUGGAACUUCACUGAAGAUUUUGAGUGGUUGAAGAACCAAAUAGAGCAAACUAAUUAUUUUCUAAAUGAAGCUGAUGAGAAGAACACUAGACAAAAGGAGUCUGUGAAAACUUGGCUUCACAGAGUUCGCGACGUUGCCUGGGAGGCAGAGGACAUACUUCAGAUAUGUGCUGUGGAUUCUAUGUAUGCUACUAAUCCUCAGUUUUGCAGUUUGGGUUGUAGUCAAUUGAUUCGUCGCCAUAAAAUGGGCAGAAGAAUUCAAAAGAUCAAAGCCCAAGUGAGCUCUGUUAUUGAAGAGGGAAACCGGCUGAAUAUAGGUCAUUCUGUGGUGUCUCGCAUUGAAGAAGCAGAAUCAUCAAGCAGCUCCCAGAGACGACAGCUUAAGAGACUAAGUCUCCUGCCCAGCGAUUCCAAACCAGUGGGGAUUCAGUCCAAGAUAGAUAGCAUGGUGAAUUUGCUAGAAAACCCCCAAUUUCCAAUCAUUGCAGUGGUUGGAAUGGGGGGGAUGGGCAAGACCUAUCUUCUUCAGCAUGUCUACGACGCCCAAAAGGGAAGGUAUGAGAAAUCUGCAUGGCUUUCAGUUUCUCAGUUCUAUUCUCUUUCCAAGUUGCUCAGUGACUUAGCCUUUAAAUUAGAUGAAAAUUUAAGUAGGAGAAUUAAGGAGAGUGGAAUAAGUGAAGAGGUAGCAGCAGAAGAGAUUCAUAGCUUUAUCCAAGAGAAGAGGUGCCUUAUUGUUUUAGAUGAUGUUUGGAGGGCUACUAGAGAAGGUGAUCUGCUAACUAGACUCGGUAUCCCAACUGGAGCUAACAGUCAGUGCAAAAUUUUGGUUAGCACAAGAAGCAGAGAGGUCUGUGUAAAUCUUCAUGCUAAGAUUUAUGAGAUGGAAAGUUUGACAGAAGAAGAUAGCUGGAAGCUGUUUUGUGCUUAUGCUUUUCCCCAGUCUGAUGGAAAUGGAGCGCCAGAGUACCUGAAGGAGGUAGCUAUGAACAUCGUGAAGGAAUGUGGGAAAUUGCCACUUGCCAUCAAGACCACAGCAGCAUCUCUGGCGAACACUACACGGCCAGGGGAGUGGCAGUCCAAGUUUGAUAAGCUGAAAAAGGUAAGCAAUCCUAACGACCCUGUCAUGGAUAUUCUCAGGUUGAGUUACGACUCCCUGCCUGCACAUCUCAAGGCUUGUUUUGCUUAUCUUUCUUUCUUUCCUGAGGAUGAGCAAAUAGAGUGUGAGUAUCUCAUUUAUCUGUGGUUGGGAGAAGGGUUCAUUCCAGAAAAGGAGAAUCCGUGGGAUUGUUUAGAUCAGCUUGCCAAUCUCUGUCUGGUGGAAGUAUGGGAAAAUAUAUCGUUAACUAAAUAUUGUAAAAUUCAUGAUUUAUUGCUGGAUUUGGCCAUACUCAUAUCCAGAGAAAAUAACUUUGCAUUCGGUGUUGAGGACGCCUUCUGUGAAUUGCGCUCUGUGAAUAAUAGAGGCGGUGGUCGCUGGUGUCGCUUAUUUUUGGCGAAGAAAGAUAUUGAUGAGCGUGCCACUUCAGAGAGGCGUCCUGUUUCUCCCACACUUGUCCGGACACUGUCGCUCUCCUGCAAUACCAAAAUUGGAGGAAACAUUCCGGCAAUGUUUUUCAGGGGUAUGAGAGUUCUGCGUGUUCUGGAUUUGAGCUACACAAAUAUCUCCACAUUGCCUGCUUGCGUUGGAAAGAUGAAACUUCUUAGAGUGUUGAAUUUGAUGGAGACAAAGAUUAAGAUGUUACCAAAGUGUGUGAGACAUCUUAGGAGUCUAACUUAUCUUAAUGUCUCUACCGAAGCAACUAUUCAGAUACCGAAAUGGAUAAGUGAACUUAGGUGUCUUCAGCAUUUGAAAGGCUCGUUUGAGCGACUGCCAAAGGAAAUAUCAAAGCUGGAGUCUUUGCGAACACUGCGAAUAUCUGGGGGUUGUUGGUUGUCCCUGUCCGUGGAAGAAGAAGAGGGUGUGUUAAGGUUAGAGGAUGUUGGGAAGAUGAGUGAGAUUGAGGAAAUAAAAUUUGAAGUUUCUGAUGAAGCGCAGUUGAAGAGGAUGGAAGAAGGGAUCCUUGCACCCUUGGAGAAGCUGCGUCGGCUGAUGGUCAACAAUGCAAUCGAUGGAAUGCAAGGUGAAUCAGAAUCGGAUCUUCCGCAAUUUCCGGAGAGAAUGAGUGCAAUGAGAGAUCUGGAACAUCUUGUACUAUGGGAUUUUGCAGUGCCGAGUUGGAUAUGCUGUUUGGCAAAUCUCACAUAUCUCUUUUUAUAUAAUUGUGAUUGCAGUAAUUACCCGGAAUUACAAGCAUUGCCCAAUCUAGUGAGUUUGACGUUGUGGGUGAACAAGAGGUGCAGAGAAUUGCCAAAGGCGUUUGGAAAGUCGGGAGGGUUUCCACACCUCCGCUUCUUUGUGAUGCAGGAUUUCCCUGAAUUGGAGGAGUUUCCAGAAAUGGAGGAUGGAGCGAUGGCAUGCCUUGAGAAGUUGGAGCUACGAAGGUGUGAGAAGUUGAACAAGGUGGGAGAUGGAUUGGAGCGGUUAAAAAGACUCAAGGAGAUCAAUUUAUGGAGGAGUGGGAUAGAUGAAUUAAGGGAGACAUUGAAGGAAGGCGGGAUAUAUUGGAAAAGAAUCAAAGCCAUCAAUCCUCAUAUAACUGUUGGACACAACUUUUUUGACAUAUAAUUUUUAUAAGCAUUAUUAGUUUUAAGA